UGUUAGCUCCUUAUCGAUCCCCCUCUUCAUAACAUGAACAUGACAUGGUGAGGAUCUCAAUCCACUGCUGUCCUCUAUCAAGAUUAAGACUGGAAGGGGCAAGAUCUGCGAAACCCCAAGAUUCGAUCAGUACCUUCCUCGUUCGUCAGACGAUAAAAAGGAAGCGCCUUAACCAGCGGAUAAAAAGGACACUUCUUUCUCGGCGAGAGCUCGGAACCAGCGAUUCCCACGGCCUCUUUAAGGCCGGGACCAGGAGCGGCGGCAUCGGCGAGGUCGAAGGGGAGACGACCCGAGCGCGACUGCGCACCUAUUCUUGGGGCGGUGGUUCUGGUUCACUCGGCCGUAACCCUUCGUCCGGUCUCAUCCGCUGUCGCGGGCAUCCGUGGUCUGGUCUCGCCACCGGCACGUGCUUUGCACAUGCUUUGCGCAGUAACGACAGUGACGUCACAAACAAAGGCGAGUAUAUUAUUAAGUUGAUGACAUUUAUUAUUAUAAUGUGCAUUAACUCUCAUUGAUUAGGAAAAAGUAUUUUAUUGUUCCAGUAAAGGGUAUAUAUGUAAAACCACAAUUAUUCUUUAUUUACUCAUAUUACUUUUUCCCUUGUUGGUUGGACGACUUAAUCGCCUCCCGCCUCCCCCAAAUCGGAGCGUCGAUGAGAUUCGAUCAUGGGCGCGUCUUCGCGACGCAGGAAGCGGAUUCCUUUUGACAAGACGAGACUUUUACGAGUGGGGAUGAGGUCAGAAUCGAAUCUUGGCAAUGGACAAGGAUUUGACGUCGAGAAUUAAGCUGCCGGUGGUGCUGUCGAAGUCGGGGGUCUUUAUGGGGUAGAUUAUGCUGCUCCAGAGGUUCCUCCUCCCCGUUUGCAGGUUCUUCAUCUGAUGCUGGUAAAGGGAGAAGUUCUCAAGGUCACACAAAAGUGAAAUAUGGAUUUAGCCUUGUGAAAGGAAAAGUAAACCAUCCAAUGGAGGAUUAUCAUGUUGCCAAGUUCGUGCAGAUGAGAGGACAGGAGCUUGGUCUCUUUGCUAUAUUUGAUGGUCAUAUGGCACAUAGCGUACCUGCCUACUUACAGAAGCAUCUAUUUACCAAUAUUUUGAAAGAGGAAGAAUUUUGGACUAAUCCCAAAGUAGCAAUUCGAAAAGCUUAUGAAAAGACGGACGAGGCAAUUCUUUCACACAGGCCUGAUCUCGGGCGAGGUGGAUCUACUGCUGUUACUGCAAUUCUCAUAAAUGGUAGGAAAUUGUGGAUAGCUAAUAUUGGUGACUCACGAGCAGUUCUUGCAAAAGGUCAACAAGUGCUACAGUUGACAGUUGAUCAUGAUCCCAGCACCGAACGUCGGAGUAUUGUGAAUACAGGUGGCUUUGUCUCAAUCAUGCCAGGUGAUGUCCCAAGAGUUAAUGGCCAGUUAGCUGUUUCCCGAGCUUUUGGUGACAAGGAUCUCAAAUGGCACUUGCGAUCAGAUCCUGAUGUAUGUUGUGUAGAUGUUACCGCGGAUAUUGAUCUGCUCAUCCUUGCUAGCGAUGGAAUAUGGGAGGUCAUGAGUAAUAAAGAGGCAAUUGAGAUUGCUAGAAAGGCUACAGAUCCACAAGCAGCGGCAAGGCAAUUAACUACUGAGGCGUUGGAAAGAGACAGCACAGAUGACAUAUCAUGUGUUGUCAUCCAAUUACAGGCGUAACUAACACUUCUAUCGGUCAAUGAUCAUCACAUUAAGGGAAAUCAUCGAUGCUGCUUCAUAAGGUUCUCACAAGUUGGAAAUAUCUAAAACUUUGGCUUUCUCCAAUCGAAGAAAUUGAAAAAACACAAGUGACAGUUGUUCCAUUUGGUAUCACUUGUAAAUGCAUUCACGCUUGUUGAUGAGUGUGACAUUAAUUGACUCCUCGAAUGCAUUUGGUGAACAGGCAGACUGGCAGACCCUUCUGGAAGGCUUGAAUCACUUCAGUUAACAAUUUGGUGGGAUCUCUUGCCUUCUUUUUCUUCCCCCUCCUUUUUUGUCUGCCUAGCUACAAGAAGAGCUUGGAGUGUGUUACCCUGUUGGUAGUGUUGCUGAUAAUAAUAAUCUUUUCCUUGUCGUAAA